AUGAAUCAAGCUGAGGAAAGCAGUAUGCACUCGAUGUGGAAUAUUGUGAGGUCAGUAGUCUGCAUAAUACUAAGCUUGUCAUUUAUUAUUGGGACCCCUGGAAAUUGUAUCGUCAUCUGGACUGUUUGUACCAAAAUGAAGCAAGCAUCUCCUUCAGUCCUGCUAAUUUUGAACCUGGCCGUUGCAGAUGUCCUUGUACUGAUUACUUUACCAAUUUGGAUUUACUCCUUUGCUGACUCAUGGGUUUUUGGAGUCAUCUUCUGCAAAGUACUGGUUUUCAUUAUUUACUGCAGCAUGUAUGCUAGUAUAUUUCUAAUUACAGCACUGAGCUUGGAGCGGUUAAUGGCUGUCUUCUACCCUUUCACCAUUCAAAGAUACAAAACAAAACAAAAGAUUGCUUUAAUCAUGUUCCUCAUUUGGUUUCUGUCUAUUACUUUUGGCAUUUCUGUCAUUCCAUUUCAAGAGACAGAAGAAAUGAAUGGUCAACUACUAUGCACAUGUCGCAACUACUCUUCUAAUGGACAGAAAGUGUCAUAUCUUUUGCUGGAGUCUCUUGCAGGUUUUGUAAUCCCUUUUUUAAUUAUUUGCAUUUGUUACAUGUGUGUUGCAAGAAGAAUAAGCAGAAUGACUUACCAAUCUAAGCGGCGAUCAGAGCGGCUCAUUGCCAGUGUUGUGGUGGCAUUCAUUUUAUGCUGGUUCCCUCAUCAUCUCUUUAACAUCCUAGAUAUUAUUUCAGUUCACAUAGAGGUCUCUAAUAAGGAAAUGUCUUUGGCACUGGAUGAAAUUGUAGACAGAGGAGUGUACAUCUCUGGAGCACUUGUAUUCAUCAGUAGCUGUAUUAACCCUCUACUUUAUGCUUUUGCUGCACGAAGAUUUCAGAAUCACCUGAGAUUUACCACGAUAUCCAAGCUGUUUGAACAGAUGAGUCAGACUGUAACAGAGGAAGACAAGAGAAAAAGUGUGGUUUUAACCAGACAAGAAGAUGCUUUAGUAAGCACAGAAAAUCUCUAA